AUGGCUGUCGAUGAAAGACAACCUGUGGGAGAGAAGCAACAACCCCCCGGAUGCCAAAAAUCGACGGAACAGGUACGAUGCGACGCCGCAAGCCUGGGUGUACCAUGCACCAACUGCACCGCCUUUGGCAUCGAAUGCCGGAUCCCUACGCCGAAGCGGAAGAAGACGACACAAACGAAGGCGAAGGACACGGAUAGCGACUUCGACACACCACAAGAUGCCGAGCAAUCUCCAGCGACCAUCGAUGGGACCCCAGUCCCCAGGCCCGUAGGAGGAGGAUACACACAAGUACGGGAAAAGACCGAGGUGUACAACUCCUCAGAUGGAACACCUACUACAAGUAUGAACGAGGCGGUGGCUAGACAGCAAGCGACGCACAACGAGACGUACGUGCAGUUUAUGAAGCCGAAAUUCGCGAGGGCGCCGAUCAAAGAAGCCGGACGAGUCGCCUACCUAGGAGAGUCCUCUAAUCUCUCUCUGCUGGUCCACGAUCGUCAUGGAAAUACCGAUGUGGUGCACUACCCACUCCCCGAGAAUGUUCGAGGCACGAAGGCUCGGGCCAACGAGCUGGACAACAUGGAGAUUGACAUCUUGCACCAGCGAGGGGCUUUCCUACUACCACCGCGAGCUCUUUGCGACGAGCUCGUUGAUGCCUUCUUCCAGUGGAUCGCGCCCGUAGUGCCUGUCAUCAACCGUAGUCGGUUCAUGAAGCAGUAUCGGGAUCCCAAGAAUCCUCCCUCCUUGCUGCUACUCCAAGCUAUCCUGCUGGCCGGAUCGCGGGUUUGCACGAACCCGCAGCUCAUGGAUUCGAGUGGGUCUACCACACCAGCCGCCAUAACAUUCUACAAGCGAGCCAAAGCCCUGUUUGAUGCAAACUACGAAGACGAUCGUGUUACCAUCGUCCAGGCGCUGAUACUCAUGGGAUGGUACUGGGAAGGACCCGAAGGCGAUUCUAAUACUGCUUCAGACGUGACCAAGAAUGUGUUUUACUGGAGCCGGGUUGCGAUUGUCGUCGCUCAAGGUUCGGGUAUGCACAGAAGCGUCGAGGGCUCGCAGCUCAGCAGAUCCGACAAGCGGCUAUGGAAACGGAUAUGGUGGACUCUGUUCUCACGCGACCGGUCAGUUGCAGUGGCACUCGGUAGGCCAGUCGGGAUAAACCCUGAGGACUCGGACGUGGAGAUGAUCACGGAAGACGACUUCCUCGAGGACGAGAUUGACCGACCCGCUGAGUUCGCGCCUAAUCCUAUUCACGUUCAGUUCUUCAUCAACUACGUCAAGCUCUGCGAGAUCAUGGGCCUGGUAUUGUCGCAGCAAUACUCAGUCGCAUCAAAAUCUCGAGAACGGCAUGCUGCGAUGGACUUGACGUAUAGCGACAUGGCGCUUGCGGACUGGUUCCAACAUUGCCCGAAGGAGGUACUGUGGGAAAGGCCGCACCACCAUUUUUGGGCUGCUUUGCUGCACGCAAAUUACUACACUACGCUCUGCUUACUCCACCGAGCUCACAUGCCUCCCGCUGGUUCACCGAAGGUUCAGAACGGCUACGAUGAGCAAACUGCGUACCCGUCUCGCAACAUCGCGUACCAGGCCGCCGCGAUGAUCACUUCUAUCAUCGAGAAUCUUCAAGACCAUGACCAGCUACGAUACACGCCUGCUUUCAUCGUCUAUAGCUUGUUCUCCGCAUUGAUCAUGCACGUGUACCAGAUGCGGUCUUCGAACAAAUCUAUUGUAUCAGCGACAGAGCACAGGAUGCAGGUGUGCAUGAACGCGCUGAAAGAAGUCUCCAAGGUCUGGCUUGUUGCAAAGAUGGUGCACACGCUCUUCGAAUCCAUCCUCGGCAACAAAGUGUUAGAAGAAAGGCUGCAGAAAGCGGCCGGCAAGCGGCAUCAGAAGAACAGGCAACCACAGACUACUACAGCGCCGGUAAAGCCAAAACCAGAAGCACCGAAACGAAAACUCGAUGACAUGGAGCUCGGUGGUUUCGGCGGACCGCCAAUGCCGCAAGUCUCGUACGAGCGAUCUCGCCCUCAGACGCCUUCAAUGACCCCUUCACGAGAACUACCUCCACCACAAGCUAUGCCACAAGUCGUCGCAAACACCUCACCACAUCUACCCCGACAGAACAGCGACGCAUUCAUGGGCCCGUCGCGCAACGCAACACGGCCAACAACCCCCUUCAACCCAUCUUACUCCUAUCCCGGAACACCCCCGGAACUCUUCCUCGUGACACGCGACUCCCCCAAUAUAUCACAAGAACUCUGGCAAAACUUCCAGCCGGACCAGCUCUUCCCCGCCGACACCAACAUAUCCUUCCAGCAGUACUCGCCCAUCCUGCAGCACCAUUCACUAGUCGACCCGCAGCUGUCGCGCACGCAGCAGGACGUACCGUACCACACCCAAGGGUUACACCAGCAGCAGUCAACGCCUCAACAGCAUCAUCAGCAGAUGCCAGGGCAGUCGCACCUCCAGACUCCGCUGUUGAAUGGCAUGAGCCAUUUGCAGAAUGACCAUUCCUGGGCGCAUUUGGAUCCGAUGGUUCAUCAGCAGCCGGCUAAUGAGGAGACCUGGAGUAACAGUAGUAAGGGUGGUCCAAUUGUGCCGACGACGCUGAACGUUGAGGAUUGGUAA